GUUAAUUUAAAUUCCUAAGCCCAAUUCCUCACACAAAUAAUUAGUCCCUAACAUACUCUGAUUAAGCCCAAUCGCCGUCAAUCUUUUACAUCUUCCGAACCCUAUCCUCCCGCCAAAGACACAUGAUCCAUUUCUGUGUUCACGCUAUUCUCCAAUGGAAUAAGCGCAUGAAUCUCACUGCAGUCAAAGACGCCGAUGAAGUCAUGGAGAGGCACAUCGAGGACUCGCUCGCGAUCCUCCCUCCUCUUAGGGAUUGCUACCGCACGCGCUGUAGCGGCGCGCCAUCACAUGAGAGGCUUAGCCUCGUGGACGUUGGAACAGGUGCUGAUAUUCCCGGAGUUGUUUUGGCCAUAGCUUGUCCAGAAUGGGAAGUUACGCUGAUGGAGUCCAUAAGCAAGAGCUGCGUAUUCUUAGAGCAUGUUGUUGAAAUCAUCGGUUCAUCAAAUAUCCAGAUAGUACAAUUCCAUCCUGAUGUGUCAACUACUAUGGUUGUAAAGCCUGGCCCUGUACUGGACUUCCUUUGUGAGAAUCAGAAUGUGAAGCAUCCAAAUCUUAUUAAUUGGACUAAGGCAAAAAGAGUGCUAAAAAACUUCAAAAUCAAGGCUAAUAAUAUUGAGUACAAAAUCAGUGGACUCAGUGAUAAUCCUUGCAAGACUCAGAAGAUUGAGCAUGACACCAAGUUUCAGUGUGUUACAAUAUGGAGCAGUUGGAAAUGAACAAACCAACGAUUCACCGGCGUUUGAGAAGGCGUGGAAAGCAGUGUGCUCAAGCAAGGGAGAAAUAUCUAAGCUUAUAAUACCAGCAGGCUUAAGGCAGCUUGAUCUCAUUGCAGCGGUACACCAAGGCAUUGACAAAUUUACAAAGGGCUCAAUUAGUUUACUCAGGUUGAAGGUCGUAUUCUGCAGCCCCCAAAACUUGUAGUUGGAAAUGAGGAGAGCUUCAUUCCAAGGGGUGGGCGCUAGAAUUUCAACAAUAAAGUUAAAACUAGUUACACCUAUGAGGAUUGAGUGAUGGGCCGUUGUAAACUUCUCAGCUCGCUGUGACACAUGUUUUCUGUGUAAUACCAUCAAGAAGUGUGCUGAAAUGAAGGGCAUUGUAAGAGUUUUAUGGCUAAUUUAGUAGUUUGUUGAUGUUGUGAUACAUCAUUUAUUUGACACUUUUGGUUUCUUUUGAAAAAUAAUAAUAGUUAUGUAGAACAAUACCAUAUGUAAUUAUGUUUGGAACUAUUGACAUUAAGAAUUUUUUUAUAUAUAGAAUUAAGUCUUAUAUUGA